CGUUCGAUUGUUGGGAUUUUCUCAUUGCGUUUCGAAAGAAGUGUCAGUUUCUUUACAUCAUUGAAAAAUAAAGAGGACAAAUAUUUAGCUGAUUGACAUCUUGCAUACGAAUUUUACAAUUUUUGCACAAAUAUGUCUUUUAAUAAAUUUUUGCGUUUGGCCAACGGCCCCGAUAUGCCGGCUUUUGGUUUGAGAACAUAUCAGAUUCGUAGUGAUGACAUGAGCGUGAUAUUAAAUGAUGCCCUCGAACUAGGCUAUCGCCUAUUUGAAACUUCGCCGUCCUAUAAUAAUCAGGAGGAUGUUGGAGAUGUCUUGGCCGCUUGGAUAAAUGGGAAAAAAAUUAAACGAGAACAAUUGUACAUAGUGACCACUUUGCCUAUUUGCAAUAACAGACCACUCGAGGUUGCGGAUACGCUGAAAGAGUCUUUAAUGAAACUAAAACUUAAAUAUGUUGAUCUGUAUUUGGUGGAAGCUCCAUUUGCAAUUAAAAUGGAGAAUCAAGAUGUUUUCAAACGAGACAGCAUUGGCAAUGCCAUAAUGGAUGCUAGAACAGAUCAUGUGUCCAUUUGGGAGAUCAUGGAAGAAAUGAUGAGUAUCGGUUUGACCAAAUCAAUCGGAUUAGGGAAUUUUAAUAUCCCUCAAAUACAACAUAUUAUAGACACCAGAAAGAUGAUACCACACGUUUUGCAAAUUGAAUAUCACGUGUAUUUGCAACAGCCGGAACUUGUAAAAUUCUGCAGAUCGGCCAACAUCGCCUUAUUAACCUAUGCAGCAUUAGGCGCUCUGAAUGUUGCCGCCGGCCUGCAAAGAUCCUCUUUUAACGAUAAGUACGAAUUGGUUUCUAUUGUGGAUAUACCGGAAAUACGCGAUAUCGCUGCAGCGCACAAAAAAACACCGGCCCAGGUAGUAUUUCGUUGGAUAAUUGACAAGAAAAUGGCAUUGACCGUUGACACUUCAAAAGCUGAUAGAAUACGUUCGAGCAUUGAUAUUUUCGACUUUUCACUUACCAAAGAGGAAAUUGAAAAGCUCAAUGCAUUAGAUAAGAAUAAGCGUUAUGUGGACUUCUCCCAAUAUAAAGGUGUCGAAAAGCAUCCAGAUUACCCAUUUCAAACAUUGUUGGUAUCAAGUAAUCGAGCUUCCCUACAAUAACUAUUCUUAUAGAGUAUAAUUUCAUAUGUUUACAUCUAAUUUUAUAUGUACCAUAUCUAUUUGAACGAAAUUUUGUUUUUAAUAUUUUAACUAAAUCAAAUAAAAAUCUUCAUGGGAAACAGUU